AUGAAUAAAAGUUGGAAUAAAAUUUUACAGUAUUCCAUCUUUUUACUACUUAGCUCAAUUCUAUGCUUUAAAUUACAAUAUUUUCAUUUAUUUAAAAAAUUAUAUAGUAGAUUAAAGAGUUACUUCAUUUACAAUAAAACUUUUAAAAACAAUGAUAUAAAAAAUAAUAUAAAAAUAUAUUUCGGAAGCCAAGGAGGAACUGCAGCGGAUUUUGCAAAAGAAUUAAGCUAUAAUUUAAAUGAUAUAUUCAAUAUACAAGCUGAGAUAAUCGAUUUAGAAUUUUUCAAUAAAGAGGAAAUAAAAAAUUUUGGUAUCAGAGUAUUCAUUGUUUCAACUUACGGGGAUGGAGAACCAACGGAUAAUGCAAUUGAAUUUUUUAAAUGGUUAAAAAGUUUGAACAAUGAUAAUAAUUAUUUUAGAAAUACAAAAUAUUCUAUUAUGGGUUUAGGUAGCAGACAAUAUACCCAUUUUAAUAAAGUGGCGAAAAAACUAGAUAACUAUCUUUUAAAAUUCAAAGCAGAAAAAAUUAGUGAAACCAUUUUUGGUGAUGAUGAUGAUAAUUUAUAUCAUGAUUUUGAAAUAUGGAAAAAUAAAUUUUUUCAGGAACUUCCUAAAAUAUUAGAUAUGCAAGAUAUCCCUUUGAAAAUAGUUAAUGAAGAUAAUAUUGAAUUAAAUGAUUGGAGGUAUUUAUCAGAAAUAAAAUUAGAUAUUGAAUAUGAGGAAAAUGAAGAAAUUGAUAAAAAUAAUAAUCAUAAUAUAUUUAGCAAUGAAUUAAUCGAAGGAAAUGACAACAAAAAUUGCGAAACUCUUGAAGAAUCAAGAAGUAAAAGUGGAAAUAAAAAUAUGGUGCAUUUGAACACAGAUAUAGCGGGAAAAUUUUAUUUUAAUCACCAUAUAGGUAAAGUUAUAUCUAAUAAGAAUUUACUAAAAAAUGUAGAUCAAUCUAUUGAUGGGGAAAAAGUAAAUCAUUUAACUAUUAGCAUCAAGGAUAUUUCAUAUAAAGCUGCUGAUACUCUAGUGAUUUUACCAAAAAAUCCAAAACAUGUUGUUUCUUGGUGGUUGAAACGAUUAAAUAUAGAUGAAAAAGACAAGGAAAAAAAAUUUAUAUUUGUAGAUAAAAACAAAUACUCAAAAAAUGCUUCAUUUUCAAUGCAAGAAAAUAUAUCCUCAAAUAAAAAUUCAAAUAGUAAUGAAAAAGAAUUAUCAAAUAAUAAUGAUGGUAAUUCAAUUUGUAUACCUUUUCCAACACCGUGUAGUAUUGAAGAAGCAUUAGAAUAUUAUUGUGAUUUAACGAGUAUGCCAAGAGUAAAUGUUUUGAAAAAAUUGAAAUGCUUUAUAAAAGAUAAGGAAGAGCUAAAAAUGAUUAAUUUUAUUUUAUCUAGUAAUAAAAGAAAUACAUUUUUCAAUAUUUGUAAAGAAUGUGAUAUGACUUUAAUAGAAUUUGUUGAUAUAUAUAUGGCAUCAUCUCAUUUUGAAUUGUCACCAUUUUUGCAACUAAUUCCGAAAAAUAAUCCUAAAAGUUACACCAUCUCUUCUUCUCCUAGAGAUUCUGAAAAUACCAUAACUUUAACUAUAAGAAAAAAACAAUAUCCCAUUCAUUCUCUUCGAAGAACAUUAAAAAAUUUAAAAAAAAAUGAUAUGCUACCAAAAUUUAGUGAACAGAAAUUAAGAGAACUUUGUAGUAGACGAUGGUUUAGGGGAUCAUCUUCUUUUUAUUUAACAGAAGAAUUAAAUGUUUAUGAUACAAUUAAAUUCAACUUGAAGCCAUCUAAAUUCAUUCUUCCAGAUAAUAUGGAAUCCUCUAAUAUAAUAAUGAUUGCUACAGGAACUGGAAUUGCUCCAUUUAAAGCUUUCAUAUCAGAGUUUAAAUAUUACGAUCAAAUAUUUGCACAAAAUGGAAUAAUAAAGAGAGGCAAAAGAAUUCUCUUCUUUGGGUGUAGAAAUAGAGAAGUAGACUUUCUCUAUGAAAAGGAAAUUUUAGACGCAAAGGAAAAAAAAUACAUUGAUGAAGCGUAUUUUGCAUUUUCAAGAGAUCAUGAGAAAAAAAUAUAUGUUCAAGAUUUAAUUCUUGAAAAAAAGGAAUUGGUAUGGAAUUUAAUACAAAAAGGAGCAUAUAUAUAUGUUUGUGGAAAUAAUGAUAUGAGUAAAGAUGUAAAAAAAACCAUUAAUAAUAUACCCUUAUAUAAUAAACAUAAUGAUAAAAAAAUUACAAAAAAAUUAAGAAAAUCGGGACGUUAUAUUGAAGAAAUGUGGCAAUAA